GUUUGGCUGUCUUUGAACCCUUUACUGCCUCUAGAUAGGCUCAUGGUGGCACCGGACCAAGACUUGUAAGGGCUCAGCGCAUCUUCUGUUUCGUUUGAGAAACAUUCACGGGCCGUUGUCUACGUCUUUUCGGCUUCCCGAGAUCGAGCCCGAUCCAGGAAGGGCUGCAAAUAAGAAGCAUACGAUGAUAUGCUUUACCGGCGCUCUUUGAGUCUAAGAAUGAAUUCGGUGAGUGGGGCAAGGAUGACAGAUCUUAAAGCAGACGGUGACACGGUUGAUCUUUUGCAUCCAAGACAAUACUCCACGUUGCGGGGGAAACAGCAUGUCAGCCGACCAAGACACUCAUCUCAGACCCCUGAUGCAAUGAAUAUACAGAAACCGCUUAGAUGGCAAUCUUUGCUCCAAUUGAUGUUCUCUCCCAAUAGCGGUUAAUAUGGGCAUUGUUUACCCGCAACCCAGCGAGUUCAUACAAGCCAUGUCCACAUCGUUGUGCAUCCCUUGGAGGGCGCCUGCCUUACCGUACUUGCGUCCUUGCAGCGCUUUCACGCAUGUGCAAGAGGGUCGGCCGAUGGGCGCGACGUUCAAGGACAAAACGACGGGAUGGGUUACCAUCUUGACCGCCGGCGCAGUACUAGCUGCCUCUCUUCAUCUCCGAAUCAACAUCCAGGGGAGGAAAUUACAGAUCAGCGAUUACUUCCUAUGCCUAGCGUGGUGCUCUGCAGUUGUGACUGCGUCAUUCGAUAUCCAGUUUACAGUCAUGGGCGCUUUGCAUCAAAAUAUCAAAAUCAAUCUCGAUGGAUUCAAAGGAAACGACAACGAAGUUAUGUUGAUUAUGAGAUUGUUCUGGGCCAGCAGCAUCCCAUUCUUCACAACGUUUUACCUCUGUAAAGGAGCCCUUCUCGCCGUCUACAUUCAGAUAUUCCCCAUUUUCAUGUACUAUCGACGAAUGAUGUUGUGGACGGCUAUAGUAUACGUUGGGCUGGCGUACUUGGUCAGCAUGAUCCUGCUUUUCACUAUCUGCCUGCCCCUUAGUAAGAACUGGUCAGUCGAGGAUCGGGUCGUGGGAACGGAAAAUGUCAUGUGCUCGGCCUCAUCUCCCGCGAUUGUCUUCCAAGUCGGCUGGGCAUUGCAUUUCUUCGGGGAUAUCUUGAUUUUCUGCCUUCCUUGGCUUAUAUUACCUGAUUUAAAGAUCAAGAGAGCUCUCAAAAUCGGCGUUUACUGUACUUUUGGUCUCGGCAUCAUCAACAUGACCUUUUCUCUCGUCCGUUUCAUCACCAUUCAGACUGCAUCGACUUGUGCUGAUGGCCGAGCCGCAGAACUUUGGAGCGAGCUAGACGUCAACAUUGGCCUUUUAGUCGCGACAUUACCAUGCCUGAGACCGUACUUCCGAUCGAACCGAAAUGCUGGCUAUUCGGACAAGUCUAACGCUUAUAACUAUAAAUCGACGGUCAAGACACUGCAAAUAACGCGCAUGAGCAGAUUUGAUGUCGUCAGCGAGCCGGCGUACGACCUCAAUGUCGACCUUGAGCAUGUGGCAGCUUGCUCAACCACUACGCAAUCACAGAAGUCUAGCGAGACGGUGUAG